CAGGGAGGGGGGGGGAUGGCGGAGCGGACGCCGGAGCCCGAGGCCGAGGCCGAGACGGAGACUGGGGCCGAGGGCGAGGGCAGCGGGGAGGCGGCGGCCGAGGAGGGCGCGGCGGGCCGUAAGGCCCGGGGCAGGCCGCGCCUCACCGAGUCUGACCGGGUGCGGCGGCGGCUGGAGUCCCGGAAGAAGUACGACGUGCGGCGCGUGUACCUGGGCGAGGCGCACGGGCCCUGGGUGGACCUGAGGCGCCGCAGCGGCUGGAGCGACGCCAAGCUCGCCGCCUACCUCAUCUCCCUAGAGCGGGGGCAGCGCAGCGGACGCCACGGGAAGCCUUGGGAGCAAGUCCCCAAAAAGCCAAAGCGGAAGAAGAGAAGGAGGCGUAAUGUGAACUGUCUAAAGAACAUGGUGAUCUGGUAUGAGGAUCACAAGAACCGCUGUCCCUAUGAGCCUCACCUGGCAGAGCUGGACCCCACCUUUGGGCUUUAUACCACAGCAGUGUGGCAGUGUGAGGCAGGACACCGGUACUUCCAGGACCUCCACUCACCUCUGAAGCCGCUCAGUGAUUCGGAGAACGAGAGUGACAGAGUGGGCAAUGGCUUGGGGGCUGGAAGUUCAGACUCCUCAGAGUCUCAAUCUGACUCAGAUUCUGAUGGACGGGCUCAGACUGUGCGAGCCUCCCCGGUGCCAGCUGCGCCACCUCCCCCAGCCCCUGAGGGCAGCAGCAGUGGGCUCAUCACACAGGACGGCAUCCACAUUCCCUUUGAACACCACAUGGACAACUUGACAGCGGAGCAGGGCACACCCCUGUGCCAUAGCCCAACCACCAGUGGUCCCGAGAGCAUGGAGACUGUGGUGUGUGUGCCUGUGCCGGUCCAGGUGGGCACAGGCCACAGUGCCUUGUUUGACAGUGUGCCCCAGGAAGCUUUGGGCGAGAUGGUGGCCAGCUGUCCUGUGCCAGGGAUGGUGCCAGGCUCUCAGGUGAUCAUUAUCGCGGGCCCUGGCUAUGAUGCUCUGGCAGCAGAGGGCAUUCACUUGAAUGUGGCCAGUGGUGGCGGCAGUGGAGAAGAGGUGCCCUGUGCUGUGAUUGAGGGCGUGGCCGCCUACACCCAGACUGAGCCCGAAGGCCGUCUGCCUGACCCCUGCGGCCCCGCGGAGAGCAUGGCGUGUAUAGAAACCAAAAAAGAGAAGGAAGAACUCUAUGUCCUCAAGAAGGAAGAGAAAGAGGAGUUGUCUUCCCCAGAACUGGAGGAGUUAGAGACAGUGGCUGAGAACAUGGAGCCCGAGCCUGAGGAGUUAGACAGCAAUGACAUGUCAGCCAUCAUUUAUGAGAUUCCCAAGGAGCCUGAGAAGAGGCGGCGCAGCAGGCGGGGCCGUGCCACAGAUGCUGAUGGCCUGCUGGAGAUGUUUCAUUGCCCCUAUGAAGGCUGUAGUCAGGUCUAUGUAGCCCUGAGCAGCUUCCAGAAUCAUGUGAACCUUGUCCACCGGAAGGGGAAAACGAAAGUGUGUCCUCACCCAGGUUGUGGCAAGAAGUUCUACUUAUCCAAUCACCUUCGAAGGCACAUGAUCAUCCAUUCAGGUGUCCGAGAAUUUACAUGUGAAACCUGUGGGAAGUCCUUCAAGCGAAAAAAUCACCUCGAGGUUCAUCGAAGGACACAUACAGGAGAAACCCCUUUGCAGUGUGAGAUCUGUGGUUACCAGUGUCGCCAGAGAGCAUCCUUGAAUUGGCACAUGAAGAAGCACACGGCUGAGGUGCAGUACAACUUCACCUGUGAGCGCUGUGGUAAGCGCUUUGAGAAGAUGGACAGCGUCAAGUUUCACAAGCUCAAGAGCCACCCCGACCACAGACCCACGUGAUCCUGGCUGCCCGGCCAAAGGACAUUCCUAUUUAUUUGUCCCCACUGACCUGGGCCCUUCUCCCUAAACCCGACCCCACUUCACAAAGGCUAUUCUGGGAGGCUAAAGAGAGGUAGCCCCAGAAUGGGGCUGCAGGCAGUAUAGGUGGACACUGAGGGCACCAGGGCAAGCCGUGAAGCAAAGAGAUGGCCUCCAAGAGUGGCCCUUUGCUCUUGGAUCAGGGUUCUGCUGAUUGAUAUAGCAGGUAUUGUAAGGAUCUGCUUGGAUGUCAUGGGGCAUGGGUCCAUCCCCUUAAAGCUGAGAUCUUUCAGCUAAGUCACUGGGCAAGAGGGCUGGACACCUGGAACAGUGUUAAGUGAGCAAAAGUGAUUAAAAAAAAAAGACACCAAAAAAAUCCCUCUUCCCACCCUACCUCUGUAUGCUCUAGAACACUUGGGAAGACUAGGCCCAGCUUUACACUACCAUCCUUUGGGCCCUGAAAAGAAAAAGGAAUGCCCUGAGUGCUUUCCCCAUUUGUCCAUAGUCUGCUGCUCCCUCCUCAAUUCCCCCCCCCCCCCCAAGCUCCUGCCUCAGACCCCUGCUCUCCCGUUUGCCUU